AUGGAGCUGGGGGCCAGACUGGUUCAGAAGCAGUGUCUAGAGCUCAAUGCCACCAGGCCCAACUUGGCGGUACCCCGAGUGGAGGUGACCCUGUACUAUGAGAGCCUGUGUCCAGGCUGCAGGGCCUUCCUCACCCAGCAGCUCUUUCCCACCUGGGCCAUGCUCCAAGACAUCAUGGACGUCAAAUUGGUGCCCUACGGCAAUGCACAGGUAGGCCUCUUCUCGAAGUGGAGAGCACUGGGGAAUUCUCCCUUCACCUGUCAACAUGGAGAACCAGAGUGUCAUGGUAACAUGAUUGAGGCAUGUUUUCUACAUUCAGUGGGUCGGUACUCAGCAUUCCAAGUCAUUUACUGCAUGGAAUCUGCAGCUAACUUUCUUGAUGCUGCCCAACCUUGCUUACAGCUGCACGUCCCCUCCAUGAUGUGGGACAGUGUAACGUCCUGUGUGAAGGGAGAGCUCGGCUUCAAACUGAUGCAUGAGAACGCCCUGAAGACCAAAGCUCUCAGUCCGGCCAAUGAGUAUCUACUGUUUAUCAACAAUGGGGAAUACACGGAUGACUUUCAGGACAAAGCAAUGUCAUCGCUUUUCAACUUGGUCUGCAAAAUGUACAAGAAAAUGUGGCAGUAUGUCCAACCGGCCUCUCAACCGCAGACCAUGUGUAACCAUGCCAGCACAGGACCUCAAUCUGCCUUCUUCACCUGCGGAAUUGUCUGA